CUGAUGGACCGGAAUGUGACCGCUGAGGCCUGGGACCAGAAGAAGCUGAAGGACUUCAUGAGCACCCUGGACACACAACUGGUGGCAACUCAGUCAUGUGUUGUUUCUAAGAAUAAAGAGACUGAGAGACUGCAUCUGUACUUUGAGGAUCUGAGAAAUGUAACACUGGGGACAAUGGAGAACAAGACCAAGGCCUCGGAGUUGAUUAGGAAGGAGGUUCACCACCACCUGACGAAGGUCGACCUUCUGGCCAGCACACGCCUCUAAACACCAAACCCUGCCACAGCUACAGCCAAUGGGACUGAGGAUGCAGUGCACCAGGACUAGU